GAAAAAUGAACUUACCCUUGUUCCUAUACUAUUUAGUUGUACAACAAGGAAGUGAAUUUUAGAUCCUGAAGUAGAGUCCAAAAAGCAGGAGCAGCGGACUCGAAAAAAUGGGUUGUUGCCACUCAGUACCUCAGGAUGAGGUCGUAAUCGUGGAGCAGUUCGGCAAAUACGCAUACUCUUAAGGCUGACUACUACUUUUUCAGCGUCUAGAAACACCUCUCCCGAAACAAGAUGAAUGCACUGUCAUAACAAGCAUCUUCUAACAUUCACAAGGGCCGGGUCUCAUGAUAUUGCCGUGUCCUUGUGUAUGCGAGAAGGCAGGUGCCAUAUCAACACGAGUCCGACAAUUGCCUGUCAAGGUACUUCUACUUGCAGCGUUCAUCUUCGACAUUUUUAUCCGAGAAGCCUAAGUAUGUGUAAAUACUGAGAUCAUGAUCUUGAUCCUUGACAUCGGUUAGAACAAGCUCAUUGAUUCUCAAUCUCGACGCUUAUCCCUCUACAACUACGACCCAGGUCGAGACAAAAACCAAGGACAAUGUUUUCGUGGAUGCGCAGAUUGACAUACAGUACGUCGCUGACGUGUCCAAAGUGUAUGAAGCAUUCUACCGACUAGCACAUCCGGAGCAACAGAUUAUUAAGGCACCUGUACGAUGAAUGGGAUAGCCAUGAUGAUGAUGAUGUCAUAAUCAUCGCUAGAUAAAAAAUCAUUUGAGAGAGGGACGAAAGUCAGCAACAUAAAAAUUGUCUGAGGGCAGAACAAGGAUACAAGAAGAAUUUUUGUUGACUCCUAUCACAAUUUUUUAGAGCAAGUUGCAUGAUGCAGCAUCCAGAUAACAAACUCCUUUGAACGCAUAUCCAUUACCCACCUCCUUCCACCUCUAAGAGGCAUAGCUAUGUUUUCGACGUUGUUCGAUCUGCAGUGCCAAAGCACACUCUAGACGACCUCUACCUACACGCAGCAAAAGAUGCUAUCGCUGACGAAGUCAGACAGAACCUGACGGUAAAUGAAUGGGAGUUAUAUUUCUUCAACAAAAGACUUGCUUCACUGGUGUUAGUUUCUAGAAGAUAAUUUUGGAAGAUUGAAUAGUUUUUCUUAGGAUUAUGGACGAGCGUGUAGUACCUUAUAGAUACUGUCUAGGUGAGAAAUAUGAUAGACUUAUAUGUCAAUUGAAUUCAAAUUCUCAUCCACGAUAAUUCGUCGUCUCCUCUCCCCUUCGCCUCAAAUCUCAUCACCCUCUCUUGUCCACCCAUAUCUCCUCAGGGCACCAUGCGAGAGUUCGGCUAUAUCAUUGUGAAAACGCUAGUGACCGAUAUAACACCCGCACAGAAAGUGCGAGUGGCGAUGAACGAUAUCGAGACGAGCAAAAGGAAUCGACAAGCGAUGACAGAGAAAGCAGAUGCGGACAAGGUGAUGGCAGUGAAAAGGGCUGAAGCCGACGCAGUAGCAAAAUACCAUCAAGGAGCAGGUACAAUACCAUCAAGUACUAGAAGCUGGUAUCUUAUUGCUCAUAUGAUAGCUGGUAUGAAGAUCAUUGCUCUUGACAUUUGUUCUAAUACACAAUGAUUAUACUCAAAGGUAUUGCUAGACAGCGCAAAGCGAUCAUAGACGGCAUGAAGAAUAGUGUUGGGACAUUCCAAGAGGCGAUCGAGGGUAUGCGGAGCCGAGAUGUCAUCGAGUUGGUCUUGAUCAUUAUGGAAAACUCUGUCGUUGACGUGUUGUAACAUUGUUUCGUCGCACGCUUCUUUCCCAGUUCCCGCUACAAGAAUAUCAAGAUUUUUUAUAGUGGAGACCACUUCUUCGCAUCCUUUUUUCCCAACAGGUUCUUUCAUCUUCGAUAAAGAUGAGACUUAAUCGUGAUGCACUUUUUUUUCUCACUCACUCUCACUCUCUCGCCCUUGCUCUUCUAAUUCCUCCCAGUAUUUCGAUACCUUGAAGGAGAUUGGCCAUAGUGCGGGAAGCAAGACCGUCUUCGUGAACUCCGCAGCUAGCAGUGCAGCUGGCAUCAGCAGUGAAAUCCGGAAUGCGUUUCUUCAAGCUGCCGCAGGAUCAAAGAGACCGAGUUGAUUCCACUGGGCUGUUGAUUGGACUGGGGUAGUACAGGAUAUCACUCGGCAAAAAGACUGAGUUAUGUAAUCCUAGUUGUUGAAAGAUCAUUAUCGUAGUUGUUGAAAGAUCGUACUAUAGUUGGGAAAAUGAGUACCUCCGUGUUGGCAUCAUUCCUUUGUAGAUGGCAAACGACCGCAGAUCUUAUGGCUGCGUAAGAACAGCGUCUUUCCUGGUGUAUCGUUUUUGAAUACUUGGAGGUUGUUUGUUUCAACACCCGCAUCUGAGAGUCCCUGUGUAAGUAAUAGAUUCUGCGAUCGUAUGCGCGCAAGAACUCGCUCAACUUGAGCUUUGAGCCUUCAUCUGAAUUUUCAAAUGGACUCGGACUCAAAAGAUAGAUGAAAACAUCUUUGAAGAGGGAAUACAAUGAAUCCAGCAGGGAUCAGAACU